CCUCGGCCAUCGGUAGCAGACAGCGUGAAGUGUCAUCUCGCUUUGGCUGAUGGCCGACCUAUCCUGACCUCAGCUCGGUCAAUUUCAAUCCCGAAUCGUAGCGUGGAGCCACCAGGUUUUUCCACCUCACCAGUUCACCCGCAGAGACCCCGCGGGGAUGGGGAAUCGAAAUGUCAAAACCCCGCGAGAGCCUCGUUCCAGAACCCGAUUCAGGAGCCUGCCCGUCGGGGGAUUUCAUGGUGGGAGGGGACCACUUUAGCCGGCAGGGAAAGCACGAGGCGGGCCUCGCGAAGCAAAGAGGGGCAUUUGUUUGUACAAGGAACAUUUUCGUUCCAGGACAGAUAGAAGCACCCACCCGGUCAUUGCUCUGCUCACCGAACCCAACGCGACUUGCUCCUGUUUCUCCAAACCCCGUGGAUGCCCCGUGCCCGCUACUGGACCCUCGCCUCGAUCCCUCUGAUUGCGCUCUUCCUCUUGAGAGGAAAGCAAGAUACCAACCCGUCACUAGCAUCGCGCUACGUCAAAAUGACCGACAAGAGCUUCACCCUCAACACCGGCGCCAAGAUCCCGGCGGUCGGCCUCGGCACGUGGCAAAGCCCGCCGGGGGCCGUCAAGGACGCCGUGGCCUACGCGCUCAAGAACGGCUACAGGCUGGUGGACGGCGCGUACUGCUACGGCAACGAGGCCGAGGUCGGCGCCGGCAUCAAGGAGGCCAUCGACUCGGGCGCCGUCAAGCGCGAGGACAUCUUUGUCGUGUCCAAGGUCUGGGCCACGUACAACACACGCGUGGAGUUGGGUCUCGACAAGUCGCUCAAGGACCUGGGUCUGGACUACGUCGACCUGUUCCUUGUGCACUGGCCCCUUUUGAUGAACCCUGAGGGCAACGACGACAAGUUCCCCAAACUGCCCGAUGGCUCCCGCGACAUCAUCAAGUCUCACAACCACGUUGACACGUGGAAGCUGAUGGAGAAGCUCGUCGAGACGGGCAAGGCCAAGGCCAUUGGUGUUAGCAACUACAGCAAACGUUACCUGGAGGAGCUGCUCCCCGAAGCCAAGAUCGUGCCCGCCGUCAACCAGAUCGAGAAUCACCCGCAGCUGCCGCAGCAGGAGAUUGUAGACCUGUGCAAGGCGAAGGGCAUCCACAUCAUGGCCUACAGCCCCUUUGGCAGCACCGGCGGUCCCCUCUUCGACGCCAAGCCGGUCAAGAAGAUUGCAGAGAAGCACGGCGUGCCCGUCACCAGCGUACUGUUGGGCUACCACGUUGCCCGUGGAAGCACCGUGCUCCCCAAGUCGACCAACGCCGAGCGCAUCUCGGCCAACGCCAAGGUGGCCGAGCUCGACGCGGACGACGUCAAGGCGCUCGACAACUACUCGAACCAGCUCACCAAGGACGGGAAGCUGCACCGUUAUGUCUACCCGCCGUUUGGCAUCGAUUUUGGCUUCCCCGACAAGUCUUGAGCAAACGAGCGUGCCUCACUCGGGGCAAGUCAGCGGCUUUCUGGACCUUUGGAAUAAGUGGCAGCAUAUCUCUUUGGGACUGCGAUGGAUAAAAUGAAGCUAGCCGGCGAGCAGCAUCUGGCAUAUAAAGCUUUGAUAGAAUAGGGACACUAGAUGUCGACAGAAGACAACGAUCCGCUGCCUCCACGUACCUAUAAUGAGCCGAGCCUUUGAGGGCCCCUUCUUGCCAGCGAGCGCACGAUUCCCAGGUAGCAGCUGGCGUGGCGGAAGACAUCGAGCAGGUCCCUCUCGAAAUGCCGUAGCGGACAUG